GUUAUGCACGUUUGUCCUAAACUACGUUAUACUGUCCUUUUACAAGGGGGAUCAAUGCAUAACAGAUACAAAUGACCACUCAUGGGACAACUGUUGAGGCACGCAUGAUCAGAUCUGGGUCACAUCCAUUAUGGUUUUCAUUCAUACAAGCUUACAAUACCAUUAUAGCAAGUGGUUUUAGACAUGGCACACCACGCAAUGUGACAUUCAACUGGAACUAUGAUUGAACCAGAAUAGCUCUGCGUUAUUGGAUACCAGCAGAUUUUAUCAAUGUAAGGCAAAACACUAAUGCAGAGAUGCCGUGAGGAUACGAUCAAGGAAGGAUCUAGAAUUGACAGAUUUAAAAUAUGGAGAAAGCAUUAGGAUUGGUUUUCAGUGUGUGUUAUAUGGUGUUCCAACUGCUUCUGCAUUCAGACGCACUAUGCCCCCCAAAGCUCCUACCGGGUGGCACCCUGACACCCAAUUACGCAGUCGGAGAAAUCGCCGAACUAAAAUGCGACGUCUCGUCAAAAACGUCGACGGAUACACUUCACUGGAAGCGCGGCAGCGAAGUGAUGUCAGAGGAUGACAUCGUCGUGUCCAAGUAUAUCAAAAAGUUUAACGUCAGCCUCGAGGCGAACGUCUAUACGUUGAGAUUUGUUGUCGAACCGAAUGACCCUGGGAAGUACAAUUGCACGUGUCAGUCCGGGGGACUGCAAUAUUACCUAUCGGUCAAGACACCCUGUAAUAACUGCAGCUAUGUCACUGGUGGGAGUUCCUCAGAGGUCAUCAGGACGUGCAAGAAAGGCGCCCUCCUGACGAUUACCGAUCAGAAACAGAGGGAACCUAUCGGAGUGGAGCUUGACUGCGGGUGUACCUCUCCGGGGAAAAAGAGAGAGUUUCAGUGGAGGUGGAAGUUCCAGCAAACAAAAGACAGUUCGUUAUCCAUCGCCCAAAAUAGGGGAAAGAAGAUAACAUUUGUUCAGCCAAACCGGACACCAACCGGAUGCUACACUGGAACAGACAAAGUAACAUAUCGAUUCGAAAACAUUACAACAAUUUUCAACGAAACGUUCCAGUGUCCGUGGAACCGAUAUGGACUAUAUUCCCUUUAUGUCGACGACGAAAUAGGAACUGGGGAAGAGCCAAUUUUCAAAGUGUGCUGCCAGGAUGGAAAUCCAGAAUGUCCUGUCCAGCCUCUCGUGAUAUGCUUCAUCAUAGUAGCAGUAGUUGACCUGGUCUGCAUCAUCAUCAUCAUCUAUGCAAUCUACACCUGGAGGAGGCAGGUCACAGAACAAGAUUUCAGAACUCUCUGCCAAGAUGGUGGCUAUGACUUGAGGUUGCCUCUACUCAUAUCCCAUCAAUCUCCUCCUCCCAAUGGCCAGCGAGGUUUCCUCUGCAUUCUGAUUACAGUCGGCAUUGUAGCACUGAUCGUUCUCCUGGCCCUAAUAGGGGUAGCGGUCACUCAGGCAAGCCGCGGCUACAUCAGCUACAUCAUGAAGAACUGCGAGUCAGUCAACUGCACAGAUCGCCUGGACUCCAGCCUGACGGUGGGAACAAUUAUUCUCACCAUCAUCUCUGUCCUAAUCAUUGUCCUCGUCAUUUGGCAAGUCCACUAUCGGGUAAAAAACAAGAAAGGCUACGCCGUGGCCCGUGAGGGUACACCAUCGGUCCACUCAACUAACGUUUUAAUGCCCGAAACUGGACAGGAAAUGAACAUGAGUAACCAAGGCGAUAGUUCCCAGACGACUGCGAAAUCCGGCACCACACCCCCAACCGAAAGGACAGAGUUUGGUUCGAAGGAAUUCGAACCGCAGCAGUCCUCCUUGGCGGAGGUCAAUCAGAAAAAAGAUUCAAUAUCAGAGGACGAGGGAGUGCAUGUUGGGGGUGAGGCACCCUCUGUUGGCGACAUUGGAAGCGUUAGCAACAAUGAUCCGUCCGUUCCUGUGUAGAACAUUUCUAAAGAUGAGAUAUCUUUUUUAGUUUAAUUAGGUGGAGUCCAAUAAAGCUUAUAAAUGCUACAAAGAAUUGAUCAAGGCUGUAGCCUUUACAAAUUCUGGAUGCUCCCAGAGCAGGUGAACUGACAACCCUGUUUCCUAAAAUAUAGUUUUGUUUCAUAACCCAGAUCAAUUAACCCUUUAGAUCCCAACCGGCCAAUAUCUAGCCACUGACUUUCGUCUAUAUAUCCCUGACCGGCCGCUAACUGCCCGUCAGUACAUACCGAUUCUCGAGCGACACCAUCACCAUCUUUAUUUAAGCAUGAAACUAAGGCCAUUUUUCAGCCGGCUAGGGAUCUAUUGAUGUAUAGACAUUUAGUGGCCGACUUGAACCGGGGUGCUUUGGGGGGUCUUUUGGGUUGAAAUUUGCUGAAACGCUCCCGGGAAAUACGGCAAGCACAUAAAAAUGUUCCAGGAUCUAAAGGGUUAAAACUGUACUUAAAUCAGACCAGUAGUUGGCUUUCCAGAGCCCAAAAAAAAAUGAGGACACGACUAGUCUACAGUCAUAUAUAUCAAUUCAUAGAACUUAGUAAACGGAUGGUAGAUAUCACUGCACAAGGGAAACCUGUAUUAUUUGACAUUACACGACGUCACCUGGAAGUGCACUCAAAUUCAGACAUAAUAGGUGUGGCCAUUGCAAUUUGUAUGUAGAUGGGGGUUAUCUGUUUUUCAUAGGCGUUUUUCCUUGGUUAUUAUUUUCAUACAUGUAGACGCACUUUUGGCAAUAAAAUUGAAUGCUAUCUAUC